AUGGAGGUUCUCAAGGCUGUGAUAUUUCUCUGUACCGUGCCAAUCCUUUGGAUAUCGACAUGCCGAACGUAUGGCCUGGUCGUUAACUACUUGGAAGCGCGCAAAUUCGGAAUCCCCAUCAAGAUAGUGCCUUUCAAUCGGCAAGAUGACAUCUGGUUGCACAUGUGGCGGUAUUUUUACCCGCUGUUCAGACAUCUCCCAUUCAAUCUGGGCAGUUGGAUGGACUAUUCAUAUCACGGAUGGAACGUGCACAUUCGGUUCAAGGAGCACGAAGAUCUAGGCGACUGCUUCGUGCUGGUGACGCCCAAUAAGAACGAAAUCGUCCUGACGGACUCGACGGCAGGAAUAGAGCUGGAGAGCAAGUACAAGACAUGGCAAAAGCCAGAGCACCACUAUCACAUCUUCAACAUCUUCGGCAAGAACCUGCUGACGGCCAACGGCGAUGACUGGCAACGCCACAGGAAGAUCAUCAACCCGGCCUUCCGGGAGCGGACGUACCAUCUGGUGUGGCACGAGGCUCUUCGACAAGCAGGACAGAUGGUCCAGUUGCUCAGGGCCCGCUCCGGUGGCCGCUCCUACCUGGAGGAAGUUCGAGAUGAUUGUGUCAUCUUUGCAAUGCACGUCCUGUCUGCCGUCGGGUUCGGGCACCAAUAUGACUUCGACGCAGGCCAUCGACGAGUGCCCUUGGGUCAUAAGGUCAGCUUCGCAGAUACCAUCUGGUACAUAUUCAGCGAUUUCCUCCGGGUGGUCAUGUUCCGAAACGCGGUUUCCUGGGUGCCGAAAUGGUUGAGGCCCCGGUGGCUGCAGGAUAUCGAACUUCACCUGAAUGAGUUCAGGCAAUAUAGUCAAGAGGCUAUUGAUCAGUGGAGAAAAACGGGCUCCGGUACCGGUCCCGCUCCUGCCGCCUCUGGCGCCGACAUUAUCAACGCCCUCAUCCAUGCCAACGAGGUCGCAAAGGACGACGAUCGGAGCAAGCUUACCCCGGCUGGGAAACGCUCGUUUCUGAGCGACACUGAACUGUACGGAAACAUAUUUAUUCUCAACCUCGCAGGUUUCGAGCCCGUCGCCAACGGGCUCAUGCAUGUCUUUCCGUUCCUGGCCACCCAUGCCCACGUUCAAGAAUGGGUGGGUGAAGAAGUCGACGCCGUACUCGACGAAACUGACGUUCUGGAAUAUGACCGGGUCUUUCCCCGUCUGUUGAGAUGUAAAGCUGUCUUGUAUGAAACAUUACGCUUCUGGGGUCCUCUCGGAGACACCACGCGGAUCUGCCUGAAUGAGCCACAGCUUCUCCGGGUAGGGAAACACGAACUCAUGAUUCCGCCGGGCGUUUAUGUCAAUUGGGACUUUGCGGGCUCGCAGACGGAUCGACGCUGGUGGGGACCGGACUCUCUUGAGUGGCGGCCGCAGAGAUGGAUCCAUGAGGACCCAGAGACAGGUCAGGAAGUCUUCAAGGCUCCCUCUCCUGCCGCCGAAAAGGCGUUUAAUGCCUGGUCUGGUGGGCCCAGAGUCUGUGUCGGCGAGAAGUUCAGCCAGGUCGAGAUCGUCGCCUUAAUCGCCACACUGCUGCGCUCCUGUCGCCUGGGGCCGAUGAUAGUGCCAGAAAGGGGUAUGCAAAAUGAAGAAGAUGCUCGACGUGAAUUGCUAAGUGUGACUAAUGAUGCCGAGAUGCCGCGCAGAGUCAAGAGUGAGCGGCUGAGGGAUGUGGGCAUCGUGUUUGUUGACCGAUGA